UUUAACCCCGCCUUCACAACAUCAUCCCAAUUUCUCGAGUGGAAAAUCAGCCCUCGGGCCUCAAUCCGUCAUUCCGAUCGUCGGCGCUGAGAGCUCAUCCGUACUCCGUCAUCGGAUAAUGAAGAAGAUCGGCAAGGUUCCGUUAAUUUCGCCUAAUCUAACUACGGUUUUCCUCUCCCUGCUUCUCAUAUCCUCCGUCCACUCCUUCUACCUCCCCGGCGUCGCUCCUAGGGAUUUCCUGACUGGUGAUAGUCUUCCUGUUAAAGUGAACAAAUUAUCAUCCACAAAAACACAGCUCCCAUAUGAUUACUACUAUUUAAAUUACUGUAAGCCCAAAAAAAUCACCAAUAAUGCAGAAAACUUGGGAGAAGUUCUCCGAGGCGACCGCAUUGAGAAUUCUGUUUAUACUUUCAAAAUGAGGGAGGAACAGUCUUGUACUGUUGUCUGCAGGCAAACUCUUGAUGCUGAAUCUGCAAAGAAUUUUAAGGAGAAAAUCGACGACAAAUAUCGAGUAAACAUGAUCUUGGAUAACCUUCCUGUUGCCGUUCUUCGACAAAGGAGGGAUGGAAAUCCAUCGACAACUUAUGAACACGGUUUCCUUGUUGGCUUCAAAGGGAAUUAUGCUGGGAGCAAAGAGGAAAAAUAUUUUAUUAAUAAUCACUUGAGCUAUAGAGUCAUGUUUCAUAAGGACCCAGACACUGAUCUAGCUCGAAUUGUUGGAUUUGAGGUUACUCCAUACAGUAUUAAUCACGAAUACAAGGAGUGGAACGAGAAGAACCCACAACUAAUUACAUGUAAUAAGGACACUAAAAAUUUAAUCCAAGGCAGCACUGUUCCUCAAGAAGUUGACACGAAUAAGGAGAUUGUGUUUACAUAUGAUGUUUCAUUCAAGGAAAGUGAUAUUAAAUGGGCUUCUCGGUGGGACACAUACCUUCUCAUGAAUGAUGAUCAAAUUCACUGGUUCUCCAUUAUAAAUUCUCUAAUGAUUGUUCUCUUCCUCUCUGGCAUGGUGGCCAUGAUCAUGAUGAGAACUCUGUAUAGAGACAUUGCCAACUAUAAUCAGUUGGAUGCCCAAGAUGAGGCUCAAGAGGAAACAGGAUGGAAGCUUGUGCAUGGAGACGUGUUUAGACCACCCAUCAAUUCUGGUCUAUUGUGUGUUUAUGUUGGCACAGGUGUUCAGAUCUUUGUAAUGACACUCGUAACAAUGAUAUUUGCUCUGCUGGGUUUCUUAUCUCCUUCCAACAGAGGAGGGUUAAUGACUGCCAUGGUCCUUCUGUGGGUUUUCAUGGGUUUAUUUGCUGGCUAUUCAUCAGCUCGUUUGUACAAAAUGUUCAGGGGCACUGAAUGGAAGAAGAUUACGUUGAAAACUGCCUUUAUGUUUCCUGGUAUUCUUUUUUCAAUCUUCUUCGUCCUCAAUGCUCUAAUCUGGGGGGAGCAGUCAUCAGGGGCUGUGCCAUUUGGAACAAUGUUUGCUCUUUUCUGCUUGUGGUUCGGUAUAUCCGUACCAUUGGUGUUCGUUGGCAGUUAUUUGGGCUUCAAAAAGCCAGCAGUUGAAGAUCCUGUGAAGACCAACAAGAUUCCUAGGCAGAUACCCGACCAAGCAUGGUACAUGAAACCGGUCUUCUCCAUACUCAUUGGGGGUAUUCUUCCAUUUGGGGCCGUCUUUAUCGAGCUCUUCUUCAUCUUGACAUCAAUAUGGCUCAAUCAGUUCUAUUACAUAUUUGGCUUCCUCUUCAUUGUAUUUAUUAUCCUUCUAAUUACGUGUGCGGAGAUAACAAUUGUGCUGUGCUACUUCCAGUUGUGCAGUGAAGACUACCACUGGUGGUGGAGAUCGUACUUGACUGCAGGCUCCUCUGCUCUAUAUCUUUUCCUCUACUCAGUAUUCUACUUCUUCUCUAAAUUGGAAAUCACAAAGUUCGUUUCAGGGAUUCUCUACUUCGGUUACAUGGUUAUCAUGUCAUACGCGUUCUUCGUGUUGACAGGAACCAUUGGCUUUUAUGCUUGCUUCUGGUUUGUUAGAAAGAUCUACUCUUCCGUGAAGAUCGACUGAUUUACUGCUUACAGGACGACAUAGGUUGUUCAGCUCAGACUGUAUGAGUCAAGUUGAUCGGGAAGAACUGAAAGAUGAGAGUGCUUCCAAUUCGACUGGCCUUAUAUUUGGACGUCAGUGAGGAUUAUUUUCUCGUCUCAGUCAAUUCCCUGAAUAUGGUAUAGAGUUAAGGUCCUCUCUCUGUCUUUCUCCUCCCCCCUUCGCUUAUACUAUUGUCACCAAUUAUGAAUCCGUUCUAUGAUGUGUAAGAAACAGGGACGGUGAUUUUGGAGCUUUAUACAGUCCUAUAUGAAUAAUUUUACAGGUACUAAAUGUUCAUCUGUUACAUCUAAAUGCAUCUCUUUUUUACU